AUGGCAUAUUGUGCUUAUACGGAAGUCAUUCAUACAUGGCAAUUGAGGACUAUUGUUGACAAUCACAUAUGUAGUAGAGAGCACAAAUUAAGAUUACUUAAUGCAAAAUGGCUCAGUAAGAGGUUGGAAAAAACUGUUAGAGAAAAUCCCCAAGUAAAGGGAGUGGAAAUUCGGGAGAAGAUAAGUAGAAAAUGGAAUGUAGGUGUAUCUAGAUGUAUGGCUUAUAGGGCAAAGGCUAUUGCUUCAGACCAUGUUGAUGGGUCUUUCAAAGACCAAUAUAUAAGGAUUUAUGACUAUGCGAAUGAGCUCCUAGCUCGUAAUCCAGGAUCAACAGUGAAGGUCAAAGUUGAAGAGACUGUGGAUGGACACAUUUUUAAGAGGUUUUAUACAUGUCUGAAGGCCUGCAAGGAUAUUUUUGUGUCCUGCAGGCCAAUUAUUGGGUUGGAUGGUGCUUUUCUAAAAGGGAAAUAUGGUGGAGAAAUGUUAACUACUGUUGGUAGAGAUGCAAAUGACCAAAUGCUACCUCUUGCUUAUGUUGUGGUGGAAGUUGAGAACAAGGAAACUUGGAGAUGGUUCCUUGAACUUCUUGUUGAAGAUCUUGGUGGGAUAGAAGUUGCUUCAUCAUUUACAAUCAUGUCGGACCAGCAAAAGGGACUGCUGCAAGCUAUUCAAGAAGUGGUCCCUAGAGUUGAUCAACGUUUCUGUGUUAGGCACCUUUACACGAAUUUCAGAAAGCAAUUCCCUCGAAAACAACUAAAGCGAUUGAUGCACUGGUCAAGAUCAAGAUUUAGCAACAAACCUCAGUGUGAUAAUUUGGUAAACAUGUCAGAGGCUUUCAAUAGUGUAAUGCUGCAUACAAGGUCUAAGCCAAUUGUAAGCAUGUUGGAGGACAUCCGCCUUUAUUUGAUGAAGAGACGGGCAACUAACAGGACAAAAAGCCACUCAUUGUCUGGGGAGAUUUGUCCAAAAAUCAAGACUAGACUAAAUAAGGAGUCUCAGUUAACUAAAUAUUGGAUUCCAUGCUGGUCAGGCAACAAGAUUUUUGAAGUUCGCCAUGUGUCCCAAGCGGGAAGUGGGACUGCCAUACCAUGUUGCCACUCCUUGGCUGCUAUGAAAUUCUUAAAUAUAGAUGCAGAGGACUUCAUUCCAUGUUGCUUUAGGAAGUCAACAUAUGAAGAAAUAUAUUCUUCAAUUGUCUACCCAAUAAAUGGUAACAAUAUGUGGGACAUUACCACAUAUGUUGAUGUCCUCCCUCCACCGAAAAGGAUAUUACCUGGGAGGCCAAAGAAGAAGAGAAGGCUGGACCAAUGGGAGUUGGUCAAGGACGACAGAAGAAUGAGGAAGGGUGGUUUAAAGAAAAGAUGUGGCAUUUGUAAGGAGCUCGGCCACAACAGGAAGUCUUGCACCAAAGGAAAACAGGCCCCUAAUUUGAACUCUCAACAACCUAUUCAAACUAACUCAUCAAAUCAGGAUGAAGCAGUAGCCCAAGGGAAUCAAUGA